ACUUGGGAGGAAGAGAAGAGAGACGCAGAGGCAGAAGAACCUGCUGGAAUAAACAGAUUAUAUUACAACAGUGACAGAAGAGAUAGAUUACACUGCUGCUGAAAGUUUUGGGUUCGGUUUUUAGAGGUUAUUUGGAAAAUGUUGUAUUCUGUUAAUGACGAAGAUUGAAAGCUAUAUUUGAUGAUGCUCUAAAUUAUGAGUAAUUACUACAAACGUCACCAUGGGCCAGUUGUUGUCAUCAGAAGAAGAGUAUUCUCAAGUGAAGGAUGCGAUUGGUUCCGUCCUCUACAAUGCCAUGUUGGAAGCCGGUGCUGUACCUGACCUUGGAGUGGUCCAUCCUCUCCUCCUGGCCAAUCACAAUCAGAGUUCUGAGUCUCGCACCCGCCUCCAGGAACAACUGCAACAGCUGCAGGGCGACAUCGGGAACCGGGCGCCCGCCUACCUGAAAGAUCUGAUUGGCCGACUGACAACCUUCUCAGAUGAGCCACGUCUGGCUGGCUUGGUAGGAUUAGUGGUUACCUUGGUGAUGGAUAUGGCUUACUCCUCAUCAAGACGGUCAUUGGGGGUGAAAGGGAAGUCGGCGACUUCGUCAUCUUGUCAGGAGAGAGUCGGGGGGGUCCAGGAGGUGAUGGAGGAGUACCUGAAACGCUGUAGGAUCAACUUGAGUAACAAGAAGAGACUAUUUGAGGACUCUGUCAGACUUGAGGGCCAGCUCAGCCUCACCCUCACUCAGCUGAAGACGUGUAUGCUGAGGGGAGACUGUGACUCCAGGUCUCUGAGGCACUGGGCCAGUGGAGCAGUGUUUCACAUCCAGCUGUUGGUUCACCUCUCUGCCCUUGAAGGUCUGAAUGAGCCCCUGGUUGCAAGGGAAGCACUGGAACAAUACAAGGAAGACCUUACAGAGAUUAUACCAGCUUACAGGCGACAUAAGUCUAACACGGUGUGUGUCAUGAAAUGCCGUGGUGGUCUUCCAGCAUCAUGUGACCCUGACGAGGUGCCAGAGGAGGGAUCCGUGACGGGACUCACUGUGACGGACAGCGAGACAGGAAAGAGUGUGACCCUUCCCUUGAACGCCGUGGAGACGGAGACAGGGAGAAGAAGGAGAGUCUCUGGUCCUGGUAACACUGUGAUGCCCUCCUCCAUUAACCUGGACCUGAUCACCUCAGAUCAGUACACUCAGGCAUAUUUGGAUUAUAUGUUCUCUGAUAGGGGACCUGUGGCAGAGCUGGAGAGCUACUUUAAUAAGACCAAGGACAAUCUGCAAACAUUAAGAACUCAACCAGGAUGUGCAGAAGAGACAGGAGUGAGAGAGCAAAGUGAUGGAGAGCAGGCACAGGGAAUACAUGCAAAAGAGCAAAGAGAAGACGGGGCCAAAGGUGAUAAACAGGACGGAAUGGAAGCAAGCAGAGGACAAGAAGAGACAGAAGAAUUCAUUCAAAGAGAUGAGAGUCUGAAACUGAGUAUCACAGAGACAAAGCCAGAGAAAAGCCUCCAUCACGGUGCAUCAACUACAUAAAAGCAACAAACAAAUGGCAGCAAAAUCAUAAUGUCAGAUCUCCUCUCAGGAGAGUUAAAAAGUGGAACCCUGGGAGGAAGAACGGAGAAUGUGGGAUUCAAAUCAAGAAAUUUCUUUCUGCGAGGCAUCAGUAUAAUGUAAUGUAAUGUAAUCAGUGCUACCACCGAGUCACUGUCCCUCCGUGAGCCAAAUAUUUCUAAAUAAAAACAAGCGUUUCAUCAGCACAUUAGUCUCUCUCAAUAUCGUGAAGUCUGUUACUGCUAAUGAAUUUUUGGUUGGUAAAAAUGUUGAUUGCAUAUUUAAAAAGUUAAAACAUUUCUUUUGUAUUUUCUGAAAUCCAAAUAGUUUACUGCAGGGCUCCCUUUUUAUAAAUGAACAUAAAAUCUCAGGAACACAAUUACAGCAAUUAGUCAAAAAAACAAAAUGAUCAUGCUGUCAUACAAUAGUUGGUAUAAAAUAACCAACACCAAUAAAUAAAUACUAAGAUAUUAGGACUUUUAAAGUGACACAAUGUAGGAUUUCAACCUUCAAAUAAUCUCUUACUUACAACUAGGUAAAUGGCACCUCUGUCAAAGCCUGAGCAGAUCUGUAUCGACUGCUUCGACACUAUGGAGUUUCUGGUUUUGGGUCCAUGCCACAAAAACAACUACAAAAUGAUUCCUUCCUUUACGGCAUACAUCACAGCCCCAGCAAAUAAUUCCUUUUGCAUAUAGAGUGUCUCACUCAAAUAUCCUAAAAAACACCUCAAAAAUGAAUGUAAAGACCCAAAUGUAGAGGAACACGGGGAGAAAACAUCCAACUCACCACAGCCUCUGACAGGGAUGGAUGAGUGCAAAUAGAAAUGCUUUUCUCAAGA